AUGCGCAGCCUUUCCCAAGACAACCAAGAGUGCCUCCAGGAACACCUCUCCAGAUCCUCCACAUGGACACAAUUUCUGUCCCCAUUGGGGAUAGAAAGAUGCAAUACUAUCAUUCACCAAGCCACAGAAAGCCAAGGGGACUCCCAUGCCAUGUCUGAUGUCAAGACUUUCCCCCCUGCACAGCUCCCAGGAUUGCCCGCUGUCCCGACGCUCUUCAGCCUCCUCUCGAGCUCGCUCCGCAGCCUCACACAGUUCUUCUCUCACCUUCCGCGACAACCUCCAGAGACUCCCCAACAGCGCCCGUACUUGUCCCCCCUGCUUCCGGCGCUGCCGGCCGCCCGGCUCUUGCAGGGACACGAUUUGGAGCGCACCCGCCACUUGCUCCUGCUCGGGGCAGCAUUGGCACUGUCAGGCAGACCCUCGGGGUUUAGCCCGCUGGGGCUGGCCCACUGGGUUGCCAAGCCCGGGAAAGAAGACUUCAGCGCCGGGCAGAGUUUCCCCAUGCCUCCUAUGGGAUCCGAACGCUCCGAGAUGCAGAAGCAGCAGACAUCCUCUGUGCAGGAGCCACUGGGAUCUGGACCAGGCCAGCCUGGAGUGGGGAGUCGGGGCUCUAAUGCCUGCUGCUUCUGCUGGUGCUGCUGCUGUAGCUGUUCAUGCCUCACAGUGAGAAACCAGAGACCCACAGGAACUUCCCAUGAAGUCAGGACAGACUUUCCAAUCUGUGAGGAAAGUCCCACUCCUACCCUGGAAGAAGUCAGCGCCUGGGCUCAGUCAUUUGACAACCUCAUGAUCACUCCAGCGGGAAGAAAUGCUUUCCGGGAAUUCCUCCGAACAGAAUUCAGUGAAGAAAAUAUGCUUUUCUGGCUGGCCUGUGAAGAACUGAAAAAGGAAGCUAAUAAAAGCAUUAUUGAGGAGAAAGCAAGGAUAAUAUAUGAAGACUAUAUUUCUAUUCUUUCUCCUAAAGAGGUCAGCCUGGAUUCACGAGUAAGAGAAGUCAUCAACAGAAAUAUUGGGGAGCCAUCCUCGCAUAUAUUUGAUGAUGCGCAGCUCCAGAUUUACACCCUAAUGCAUAGAGACUCGUAUCCUCGAUUCAUGAACUCUACUCUCUAUAAGGAUUUGCUUCAGUCUUUAGCUGAGAAGUCAGCUGAAGCGUAGGUGAUCUCAACUUUAUUUAUGAUUAAUAAAACAAGAACUCAUGGACUACGUGUAGCACAGGGAAUGUAGAAGUAGUACUCUUUUCAGCUGGAGUAAUACUUGGGCUAUUUUAAUAACAAGCUUCCCUCUUUGCUGCAAAAGACAGCUGUCUGUCCACAGUGGAAACUGCA